AUGCGUCUACCGUCGGAGAUUCGUGACGAAGUGGUCUCGUACUUUCUUGUUCCUAUCUUGAAUGAUCGUUAUCCCGAAAAGGAGCAUGGAACUGUGGACUGGAAUUCCUUUGCUAGCCUAGGUCCCGCCCGGGCAGUACGGGUUUGGCAACCGUCUACACGAAGUGAUGUGUGGGAAUCAACGAGGUUCUACCAGCUCGAGCUUGAUGUGGGAAGCCUUCUCGGACUCCGCCUUGUUUCUCACGACUGGCACACAAGUGCAACCCUCAUGCUUGCGAAGCAUCAUCUGUGGCGUCUGCGAUUCGACUCGGCGACGUCAAUUGGACGGGCCAUCAAUGCUCUUCCAUCUUUAGGUCAGAUUCCUUUGCAACAACCUGUGUCGAGGCUGUCCAUCGACGAUACUGGAAGUGUUCAGUCUUUCAGACGGCUUUAUGAAGACAUUCACUACGACAACGACCCCAAGUACGAGGACAAACCGGUAUGGUACCCUUCGCCGGGAGACGGGAGGGAGCGGCAUCCGGCGCCGGACCCUCUACAAAUCCACUACGACAAGACGAAGACUCACGAUAGAAUCCUUCAAGUUUUUGAUGCUCUGAACAAGAUUCAGACCUUCAGCUUGAUUUUGCCACUAGCUGAAGCUGAUUACUACGGAGACUGGAGGAGCAGCGACGACAAUUGGGCAGAUUGUUAUGAUCUGACAGCAUUGGACGAGAUAGCGGCGACAUUUCGCUACGCUUUCACGAAGUCACCAGCAUUUCACUACGUAACGGAUCUUCGUCUUCAGGUGCCUUCCACACACUACAUUGGAGAGCUUGCAAACGCUCUCGACAUCGAAGCACGAACACGCUUGAAAUCCCUCCAAGUUAUCAUCAUGGACCAGACGGGUUCGUGCGGCAACCGAGACUUCAGCAGCCGCGCCGACCCUAACCAUCGCGACGACAUGGCUGACGGCGUUAUCGAUGACGACCCUGAUAUAGAGGACGAGGCAAACUUUCCGUACAGCAACGUGCAGCGUAUUUAUCCCAACAGAAAACACCAGGAAGCGCUGUGGGCCUUUGUGCGCUCUUGCCGCAAUCUUGAGGCUCUCUACAUUCAAGGGUCACAUUUUCUCGACCUGGAUCUGCUGGGUUGGAGCACGGCCGCGAAUCCGAAAUGGCAGGGCCUGCAGGUGCUGGCUUUGAGUCGUGUUUACGUAUCACCUGAUAGCCUUCUCGACCUGAUACGGCCGCAUCCUGAGGUGCAGGGAACCUCUCGUUUGUGUAGGAUUUCUCUGGACGAUGUGAAGAUGCGUCAUGGCAAAUGGGCCCCCGUCUUCAACUAUCUGAACGAUAAAUGCUCUGACCUGGAGUGCGGUAGGUUCUACAAUCUCACGUACUUUACUGAGCAUGAGAGCUACGAGCACAACAACAGGAUCCACGAGAAUGUAAGUUCUCUUUGGUCAUCCUCAACGCACGACGAACACACUUUGCGCCAUCUUGCAACCAAGCUCGUCGAAAGAGUCGGCGGGAACAAUUAUUACCCAGAAAGUUGCCUCGAUUGUAUAGAAAUCUAG